UACAACUCCACGCCACCAUGUCGUUCAAAUUCGGGUUGAACGUAAAGAACAAGGCGGCGAGCGGGCCUGGCAAGCUACCCAGCAAGCCGACGCUUGGCAAGAAGAAGCCACUGUUCGAUGAAGAGGAGGAAGAUACGAAGCCCAAAGCGAAAGUAUCAGAUGGCGCUCAGGAAAUCGGCGAACUCAGCUACGAGGACAUACUAGCCUCCAAAUCAAAGUCCGAGGAGGCCAAGCCGUCGUCAAAACCAAAAGGCAAGCCUCCUGGCCCUCCAACCCGGAAACCGCUACUAAAGGAGGAUGAUCCGACCUCGUUCGCAAACUCGGCCAGCGCGCAAGAAGCGGAGCGGCGAGCCAAAGAAGCCAUGCAGGUCGACUCAUCCAUCUACGACUACGACGCCGCAUACGACGCCUUACACGCCAAAUCCGCCGCGAAGAAGGCAGCAGAACGAGAGGACUCUCUACAGCGCCGACCGAAAUACAUGGACAAUCUGUUCGAGUCGGCAGAGCUGCGCAAGAAGGAUCAGCUAAGGGCCCGUGAUAAGCUGCUGCAACGGGAACGGGAGGCCGAGGGCGACGAAUUCGCAGAUAAGGACAAAUUCGUCACAGGCGCAUACAAGGCACAACAAGAAGAAGCGCGCAAGGCGGAAGAGGAGGAGAGGAGGAGGCAGGAGGCAGAGGAUGAGAAGAGGCGAACAUUUGGGAUGCAGGGCUUUCACAAGCAGAUGCUCAUGGCGGAAGAGAAGAGACAUCAGGAAGCCAUGGAAGCCGCGGCACGAUUAGCCAAAGAGGGCGUGAAGCUGGAUGAGGAACCGAAAGAGAAGACGGAUGUGGAGAUUGCCAAGGAGCUCCAGGAGCAGGGCAAGAACAUCAUUCUGAACGAGGAGGGUCAGGUGGCAGACAAGAGACAGCUCCUUUCCGCUGGCUUGAAUAUUGUUGCGAAGCCAAAGAGCACUUCUUCCGCGCCCACUACAUCGGCUAAGCCGGACGGUGCUCAGACAGGUUACCAAGGUCGUAAUGCUCCACAGCGCAAUGUCCGAGCUAGGCAGACGCAGAUGGUAGCCGAGCAGAUCGAACAAGCCGCGAAGCGCAAAGCAGAUGAAGAUGCUGAAGAGCAGCGGAAGCUGCAGCAUGCUAGUAAGAGCCAGAAGACGGAAAGCGAGAUCAGCAGCGCCAAGGAACGGUACCUGCAGCGAAAGAGGGAGGCCGCAGCGGCAAAGGCGGCGACGGGGAAGUGAAGCUGCUUAUACGCCCCGGACUGAUCUCGAGCUUCUACUGGCUGGUCGCCCUCCCGCCCUGUUAUCUCGUAUCUAAAGGAUACCCAGAAACGUGUGAUGAUUAACCACGAGAAAAUGCGCUCUAGCUUACGAAACUAGUCGAGGCCCUCAUCCGUGCCCUCAAAUUGCUUCACGCCCUGGAUCGCAUCCAGCCAUCUCGAUCUAAACCCCGUGAAGAUCUCCCCAUCAGGACGAUGGUUGUCGAAAUCCUGCCCCAAGGCGCCAGCUUGAAUGAAGUGGAAGCCUUUGAAGCCCUCUGCGUCGCUCUCCUUCCACAGCGUGCACGAGCAUUCGCCACAGAAGGAGAUUUUGAAGAUUGGCCCUUGACCGGAAUCGAAGACAAAGUGUUUUGGGUCGCCUUGGAGACGCAUGGAGGAAGAGGGUACGCUGACGUUGGUAGAGAAUGCAGUGCCGGUUAUUCGUCGACAGUUCAGACAAUGGCAGAG